GGUCCCCAAGGUCCACAGGGACCCAACGGCUUCCCAGGUGCCAAAGGACCCCCUGGUUUUCAUGGCAAAACUGGCCCCCCAGGUCCCACAGGGGUGGUGGGACCCCAGGGUAAAUCAGGUGAGACAGGACCUGUAGGAGAAAGGGGACACCCAGGACCCCCUGGCCCCCCUGGGGAACAGGGACUACCUGGAGCUGCUGGUCGUGAAGGAGCCAAGGGUGAACGAGGUCCCGUGGGUCCAACUGGUCAAGAUGGGAUCCAGGGUCCUGUGGGGCUGCCAGGUCCAGGUGGACCCCCAGGUGCUGCUGGAGAAGAUGGGGACAAG